GAGAAAGGGGGUCUAGACUUCAGGGGAAAAGGGUGUGUGAGCGGUAGGGUGGUCCGAAGCAUGACAUCAUUCUUCAUUUGAAUAAAUCAGAGUAGGCUCUCUGAUUGGGUGCGCCGGAGAGAAACCGAAGCUCCUUGGCUAUUCAUUCCUUUCAAUUUCACCCCCGCGCUUCGCCUUGGUAAAACCCUCCGUACCGCCCGUCCAUCCGUUCGGCCCAGGGAGUGUGCAUGGACUGCUAAAGCGUUGUCCUAUUCUUUGGUAGCGACGUGCACAUCACUCCUGUAAACGGCGGACCACAGAAGGGGUAUCUUGGCGGUUCAGCGUCGACGUUUAUGCUCAUACUACGAAGUAUUCGACAGGGUUGUUGAAUUUGUUCAAGCCCUGUUAAGGCUAUGUGUGGAUUCCAUCUCGGCUGCCAAGGAUAAAGACAACAUUUGGGCGUAGCUUGUCGAAAGGAAGAACUGCUCAGCUAGUUCGGCCAGAUCGUAGGUAGCUAGCUGCCCCAACUCGACUCUGCUGUGUUCCUCUCUGCACGGCGGACCGCACGAGUGUCUUCCUUUAUCUACUUCUUGCCGUUACCUCCAUAUCCCACCAUCCCGCGACGGGGCCGCUGUCCGGACCUUGAGACGUCAUGAAACCUGAUGGGGUUGUCACGGCGGCGGUGGAGCCGAUGGAACUGCUAGACUCGGACCCGGGCAUGGAGGCGGUGCCGCCCGCGGGCGGAGAGGGAGAGGGCGCGGACCACCACCACCACGAGGCCCCCGCUGGCCAGACGGAGACGCAGGGCGAGGGGCAGGGCGACGCACCCACAACGCUCACAGAGACCCCGGCCCCCGCCGCCAAGACCGACAAACCAGCCGAUCCCAAAGCCAAGACCACCAAGGGCUCCACGGCAACCGGGAAGCCCAAGACGGGACCCACGGGAGCCACCAAGACGGCCGCCUCUCGUCCCGGCACCGCGCAGAGCCGACUGCUCAACGGCACACAGAACAAACCUCAGACCAACGGCGUGACCAAGAAACCCGGCACGGGGCCUGCGGAUAAGAAAACACCAUCGACCACCGCCAGCACUGCCAAAAGGCCCACGGGCACCGCCGGGGCACCCAGCACGAGGCCGGCCACCAAGCCAGCUGAGAGGAAGACUACAGGGCCCACGCGGCCCGCCCUCAACGGAGCCAAGACAGGCACGGCCGCGCCACUCAAGAAGACCCCGUCAACCACGACCAGCAGUGAUGCCAAACCUAAACCAAAAACUACAGCGCCGGCCUCCAGGCCCACCUCCGCAGCUCCCAAGACCAGCACCGCUGCCGCCGCCACCAAAUCUGAUAGGCCGCCCGUCUCCAAGACAACAAGGCCUUCCACUGGUGCCCCCAGCUCCAGGCCCACCUCUGCUGCCCCCAGACCGGCCCCAGCCAAGACUGCAACACCGACCAAGCCAGCUACACCCAAGACUGCCUCCAGCGCAGCCAGCAAGCCGGCCACACCUAAAACAGGCUCCACGGCCCCCUCUGCUGGCCGCACUCCCACGCCGGCUUCAAAGACCACAACCCCUGCAAAGAAAGAUGUCAGCAAGCCAGCUACCCCAGCAGCCAAGAAACCGGCUGCCUCCCCCCUCACCCGGCCUUCCCCAGCCAAGACCACCAAGCCAGACACCCCCAAGUCUGCCCUCACGGCGAAACCAGACUCCACCAAGAAGCCCGCUGCCAGCGCUGCGAAAGCGGCGGACGCCAAGGCCAGCAAGCCCAAGACCCCCUCGAAAGACACCCCCUCCAAAACGCCUGGCACCAAGCCUGGAGCUACCAAGGCGACCAGUCCCAAAAAGGCAGUGGGCACCACCACACCGACGCCAGUCAAGCGUGGCCCCAAGCCAGCAGCGGCAGGUGCCAGCCUGCCAGAGCCCAGCAAGGAGGAGGAGAAGCAAGACCCCACUGCUGCCAUGGCCGCUGUGGGUGUCACUGCCGCGGCUGCAGCCAGCGCCACUGCUCUGGCCGGCUUCGUUGUCUCAGAACCUGCUCCCUCUGUGACGGUAUCAGAAGACCCUCUUGUCAAGGAGGAUUUGAUUCCUGCAGCCAUGCCGAUGGCCGUGGAAGAGCCUGAGGCUGACGUGCCCCAGGUGGCCGCGCAGUUAGACCUGGUCCACCUGGACGAUCAUGUGACCUCCACGUCACCCCUGGGCACCACCGUGAUGUCCCCACCCACUUCCCCAGUCGCUGCCCCGGCCAUGCCCAUGAGCUCUGCGCCGAUGUUUGGCAUGCAUGAUAAAGAGGAGGAACCCUGGGAACAUAUUGAGCCGCAGAACCUGGUUGAAGAGGAGAUGAAAGUUCAAGACGACUUCUUCGGAUCCUCCGCAGUGGCCGACACCAAAGCCGCCACCUUCGCAGCCGAACCCGACCUGCUCUCCACCACCACGCCUGCGGCAGGCCAGUUCUCCGGAGCCUCCCCCACCUCGCCCUUCCACGAGAGGGAGGAGGCCGUGGAGAAGGCCGAGCAGGAGAUCAACGAAGACGUGGACGAUGACGAGGAAGAGGAUCGCGAGAGCGUUGAGUUCUGCAAGCUGCCGGAGAAAGCCCCAGCUCAGCCCGCCGUGGGCAGCUUUAUGUCUGGAGCUUCUGACUUCGGCAUGUCUGGAGCUUCUGACUUCGGGAAGCAUGAAGCGUCUGACUUCAGGAUGUCUGGAGCUUCUGACUUCGGAAAGCAUGAAGCUUCUGACUUCGGCAUGUCUGGAGCUUCUGACUUCGGAAAGCAUGAAGCUUCUGACUUCGGCAUGUCUGGAGCUUCUGACUUUGGCAUGUCUGGAGCUUCUGACUUCGGCAUGUCUGGAGCUUCUGACUUCGGCAUGGCUGGAGGAAUGUCUGAUUUCGGCAGCUCUGGCUGGCAAGGACAAGGCUUUGAUGACAAGCAGCCAUCCAGCAUGGGCCAGGAGAUGGCCAGCGGAGGCAUGAUGGACGACUUUGGCAUGAAGGAAGAGAAGAAAGAGGAGCCGUUCAUGACCUCUCCCAACGUCAAGACCUUCUACCGCGACGAAGACGAGGGUGAUGAGGAAGAGGAGGAGGAGGAGAGAGAGAAGAUCGUAGACAUGGAUGUUGGUGCGGAACACGCUGAGAAGCAGCAGCACAAGUUCGGCAUGCAUGAAGACGAGGAAGAGGAUGAGGACGUGGAGAUGGUCAGCGAAGGCAUGAGCGGCAGGAACGUGGACAGCGAUGACUUCGCGGAGGACAACCUGAACCGUGCCACUGCUCCGCAACCCUCCGCCCCCGUCACCACCGCCUGGGGCCAGAGCCAGAGCAGCAACCCGUUCGGCGCCGACCCCUGGGCCCAGCCUCCAUCCUCCGACCACUUCAGAUCCAGCCCCUCGCCCGACGCCCUGGCCGCUCAACCCGAGACGCCCACCAAGUCCCCGGUUGCCGCUCAGCCGUGGCUGGACUUCAGCGCUCCGGCUCAGGCCGACGAGCCCACAUUGCGCUCUCCGGAGAAGCCCUCAGCCCCUGCCAUGCACGACGAGGAGGACGAGGAGGAGGAGGAGAUGGAGAUGGGCUCCAUGCCCGAGCUGUGUGGCCCCGUGUCCGCACCUCAGCCGCAUGCCGGCGCUGUGGGCAUGUCCCAGUCCAGCACCCUGAGCGGCGCCGCGCUGGCCGCCCACAGCAGCAGCGAGACCAGCACGCCCGACGAGCUGCGCGACUACGACAGCAGCUCGGGCGUGGAGUCGCGCUCCGACAAGCAGCAGACACCCGUGCCCGCCACUGGCUGCGCCCAACAGGGCGGCGACGUGGAGCAGGACCUGGGCAUCCACCUGGAGAAGGGAGACGGCGAGGAGGAGGAAGCCGAGACGCUGCCCGCCGAUGAGGUGCUGGGGGCCGGCCCGCCGACCGCCCCGGCCUCCGCCCCCUCCUCGGCCUCCACCUCCGGAGACGAGCACAGCGACACGGAGGGCGAGAUGCAGAUCAACGACCCCGACGCCCCGGCGGAAGACGUGUGCCGCAUGGCGGCGUUCGGAGACAGCCCGCCACCCCCCACGGCCCGCAACCUGCCCGCACUGACGGAGGACGAGGAGGCCGGCGAGAGCCACGGGGGAGACGAGGACGGAGGCACCCCGCAGUCCGCCAACUCGGUGGCCUCCUACGGCUUCGACUGCACCAACUCCAACUCCAACGCCCACUCCACGGCCGAGAGCUGCGGCAAGAGCCCCGGCAUCUUCUCGCUGGAGAACGAGGACCAGCUGACGGAGGAGGCCAAGGACCCCUCGCUCAUCAAGGAGCUCACCACCACCUCGUCGGCCAACGCCAACAUGGCCGCCGCCAUGGCGGAGGACCUGCUGGGAGGAGGAGGGGUCGGCCGCGUGGACCUGCUGCCCCAGGACGACCUGGAUCUGGACGAGCAUCAGCAGUACAUGCUCUGUGGCAAGAUGGGCGCCGAGCUGCUGCAGGAGGGCCACGACGCGCUGGAGGGCCACGACGCCCGGCGCCACGGCGACGGCUCCUCGCCACUGCCCGGCGAGGGCUCCGACGGCCAGCCGCCCUACUACUCCACCAUUUGCGAUAAGACUGAUAACUUUCUGGCAGGUAACGUAUAAGCAGCCCCUUCCUCACUCGGAAUGCACCUUUCUUCCCAACCCCUCAUGUUCCUCUCCUCUCGCCCCACCCGCCCCACCAACACCUCCUCCUUCCACCUUGUUUGUUUCUCAUGUUGGUGUAGAUCCCUUGGAAGGGGGAUGAUGGAAAAAUGAAAGAAAAAAUGGAGGGAAAAAAAGAUAAAGAAGGAGAGAGAAAGAACGACGGGGUGGAAAAAAAACUGUAGAUAACUCAGUGCUGCCUCCUUCUUUCAUACUACUAUUGUGGUCAUGGUUAUGCGUGUAUGGCUUAAAUGUCUGUAUGUACUAUAGCUCCUAUCAUUUUCUAUUAGAAUGUACUUUUUAAAAAGUUAACACUGCAUACCACCCUGAAUUUGCAUUGAUUGACUCUGAUUGUUGUCAACACACUUUUAAAGACAAAGAGGAAAAAAAAACACAACAACAAAUGGGACGGACUCUACCAACCAACCUUUGUAUUUAUCCUACUGUUUUUACCGAACAAAUGUUUUGUUUUUGUUUUUGUACCUAUUUUUAUUUUUUUGUUGUUGCAAAAUAUCCCGUCUUACCUUCCCUCUGUGCACAUGCCACGUGUCUUGCACUAUAGAUUGUAGCCUUACCCUCCCUCUCUUAAGUUAGCUCCUUUACCAAGCUCUAACUCAACUUAGCCGUGACUUACAGGUAGAUAUUUAACACUCAGCUUCUUUCCGUGACAGGUUUUUAAAUUGUUCUUAUCAUCAUUCUAGAGGGAGGUGUUGUGGAGUGUUUAGGAUGAAAUAAAUCCAUUUUGUUUUCUUAUCUUGGCCAUUAUACUACAGGAGUAAGUGCUUUGUGAAGGAUAGUUAUAAGGUGAUUACAAGGUGACGUUUCAUAUCACAUUUGUUUUAAGGUUAUUUGGUUCAGAGUGGCUUCUCUGUUUGUACCUCAGCUAAAUAGAAAAAAACAAAGAAAAAACAAACAAAAAAAAAUCCAAAUUUGAAUUUGUGGAUAUGUCUCCCCACCUCAUUUACAUAUUUAAAGAAAAAAAGAUUGAAAAAUUACUCCCAGCUCAAGAGAUGUCUCAGUGGUUUAAGAUAUCAGCAGGAGUAAUUGCAUUGCAUGUACGACUAACGAAAACAAAUUGUAAUUCCUUUGGUUCAAACCAAUGCGUUCAUCUAGGGGGAUGUUCAUUAUUAAAUUAAUGGUUCACACUAACAGAAGGGGUUUAAAAAAAUCAUUAAACAUCAUUGCAAGGCUCUAUGUUCCUGUUUCGUUUGUCCUUUUGUUUCCCUGCAUGCUUGAAGUGUAUGGAGUGUAUGUGUGUGUGUGUGUGUGUGAAGUUCUCUGCAAGGACAAUAAUCCUUGCAAUCAGUAAGUAAAUAUGUUUGCAAUUAAAGGAUAAUUCCAGCGAUUUCAACAUAAAGUUGUACUCCUCACACAUCCCUUGGCUUGUCAGACGUCAUUUUUAGCCCUUUUUGAGAUCCUGCCCAGCUAAUGGGGGAAUGGGUUUGUUUGCAUAUUUUUAAAACAUCUUAACACACUCUAAAUAUCAU